AUGUGCAAACGCAGGCACGGCCUGCUUGUUGCUAUCACCAUCGCGACUGUAUUUAUCACCCAUCACGGUCGUUCUUUCGGACAUACUGGUUUCAAGGGGAGCCGUCGUAGGCCAGACUGCCACGUCGAGUACUCGUAUUUCUCUACAGAAACGUAUGUGGAAAAAUGCUUGAAGUCAUGGUUUGGUCGAGACAAGGAGACAAAAGCUAACCGGUAUCAGCCGCCGCACUCCAGUGGUGGAACCGUUAUGCAGGCGAACAGCUUGCGCCUUUAUCCAGCAUCACUCGGCGAUCUGUUCCAGGGCAGGGAGCAAGAGUUAGCAAAGCUUCAUGAGUGGUUGAUGUCAGGAGGCCACCUAAUAGAAGUGAACGGGCAAGCUGGCAUUGGAAAGACGCAAUUAGUUAGCGAAGCCUUGCACAGGAUACCGGGCAACACUUCAAUUUGGUGGGUUGAUGCCCAAUCAAAGUCUUCAGUGGCAUCGGGAAUGAAAGACUUGGCUGUCAAGUUUGGCAUAGUGCCACCAAACAUGCCAAACAAGGAAGCACUCGACAAAGCAACGACAUGGCUCAGAGAACAUGCAAGAUGGAUUCUUGUGUUGGACAACUUCGAGGAGGAUGCAAUAUCCUGGAGCUGGAUCCAGGACCUUCACAAGAAUGGGUCAAUUGUUGUCACGACCAGAGCAGCGUUUGCAAUUCCUCCAUCGAGCAGGCCUCCGAACGAGCCCAUCGAACUCACUGGGUUGAACCGCUCAGACUCUGUUAAGCUUCUGAGGAAGCAGUCCCGGCUUCGCAUGUGUGACGAGAAUGCCUCAAGUCUUGCAAAAAAAUUGGGUGAUUCGCCUCUCAUGCUGGUUACAGCAGCAACUAUUUUGCGGCAGUCGAGGGGUAGCACAGGAUUCGCAGAUUUGGCAUCAAACCCAGAUCCAGUAUUGAGUGCUUCGCAGCUGCCCAGCCUGUGGCAAAAGUACAAAGAAAUUCUCAGCGAACGUGCCGUUAAGAUCAUGGAAUGCAUGUCUUUGCUUCAUCCUUCCGGUGUUUCACAACUGCUGUUGAAGCGGUUUGGGGGGCUGCCGCCGGAAUUAUGGAGCAGGUCAUUGAUCCGUGAUGUGGUCGGGAAUGGGAACGGACCUUUUCAGGUGCACCGCGAGCUUCAUCGGACUGUGUAUCAGGACAUGCAGCAGCACCCUGGAUCCCUGGAAGACAUUGUUUCUCGUCUCUUGCAUGUGCUGACUGAUGACUUGCCAUCCGGGUGGUUUGACCUUGACUACAACUUCUCAGAAGAGGUCGGCAAACACUUGGAGCACCUGCUCAGUAAAGUUCCUCGUAAUGUAUCAUGGACCCUCAAACGUGAAGUCUGCAGGGCGAAGAUCAUUUGGGCUCUGUAUCAGCUGUACUUUUUGGGAAGCAAUGCAGGCAAAGAUAUACUAAAAGCUGAGAGCAGUCAAUGGCCCUCAGACAGCUUUGAAAGAGCAGCAUGCUUAAAUGCACUUGCAAUGGUCUUGAAGAACGGACACGAAAGUACAGGAUUGGUGAACGAAACACUGCGCAUCCUGGAGGAGCGCAACGACGAAACUGAUUGGGACAGCCACGGCUUGCGUGUCAGGGCAGUGGGAUGGAGGUAUGUAUGGAAUAGGGGCACUCCAAUGUCCCGGGAGGAUGUAGACCUGUUGCGGAGAUCUGCGGAAGACCCGAGCCGCUCGAGCCGAUGCCGGUUUACAGAACAAGCAUGGUACUACCACUAUGCUAGUGACGGGGACGACGCCUGCGGCAAGUACAUUGAACAAGCCAUGACCAUCGUGAGCGCAGGAAACAAUACCACACUUGCCGUGUGGGGAAAGGCUUGUUUACUGAAUAUUAAGGCCGAGUCGGCCUUGAAAGCUGGGAAGCUGGAGGAGGGUCCUUGCAACUGCUGCAGGUCACCUUCGGCGACGAUUACUUUCGUUGCGCGUUCCCCAUGGAAAUAUUCUGUGACUGUGCAAUGCGACUGCUGCCUGCAAGGGCACGAUCGAGACCAGGGUUGCAAUCAAAACAUGCCGCCGAAUGUCUAG